AUGGCAGAAUUCUCAAAGAGGGAGAACAGAGUCUACGUUGGAAAUCUCAGCUACGAUGUCAAGGACGAGGACUUGAAGGCGUUCUUUGAAGACAACGCAGAGGGACAAUCCCUUGAAGUAGCAUACGCUGAGGUACUGAUCACUCCAAAUGGUCUUUCAAAGGGUUGCGGUAUCGUUGAAUUCACUUCCCCAGAAUCAGCUCAAAUCGCAAUCGAGUCUUACUCAGACAGAGAUCUUCUUGGUAGACCAGUCUUCGUUAGAGAGGACAGAGAACAAGAGGCUAGAUUCGGUGCUAACCCAACCCCUUCACGUACCCAGCAAUUCACCCGUGGUGCUUAUGGUGCUGGUCCUGCCCAAGUUGCAGCUCCAGGUACUCAAUUGUUCAUCGGUAACUUGCCUUUCCAAGUUGGCUGGCAAGACCUCAAAGACCUCUUCAGACAAGCUGGUCACGUAGUUAGAGCCGAUGUUCAAUUCUUCCCUGAUGGAAAGUCAAAGGGUAACGGUAUCGUUUCUUUCUCUUCAAGAGAAGACGCACAAAACGCAAUCGAGUUGUACCACAACUACGAAUUCUACGGUAGACCAAUAGAAGUCCGUGAGGACAAGUUUGCAAACUCACCAAGACCAGCAAGAACUCCAUAUCAAGCUGCCAGAAGAGCACCUGCUGGUCCUGGUCCUGUACCUGCUGCUGCCGCUCCAAACCCUCAAAUUGUUACCAAAAACUUGCCAUACUCAACAACAAACGAAGAUUUAGUCGACUUGUUUGAAACUACUGGUGACGUCAAGACGGCUGAGAUCUUGAUGGAUGUUCGCACUCAACGUAGUCGUGGUGUUGGUCUCGUUGAAUUCUACUCAACUGCCGCCGCUAGUGUGGCAAUCGAAAAGUUCAACGGUUACAUCUAUGGUGGCCGUUCUCUCGAGAUUGGUUUCUCUGCUCGCCCACACAACUUCUCUCCAACAGCAGCCAUUAAAGUCAAGGCUGAAUAA